AUGAAGGUUCCUGCUACCAAUCAGUUCAAAUUUCAUAAUGUGUGGGUUUCAGAGGUCAUUGAUCCAUGUACCAAGCUUUGGUAAGUUAUUUUGAAUUAUUUGAUAAUUUUGUCAGUAUUUUAUUACUGUAGAAGAAAUGUCUAGUUUUAUAGCAUUAAAAUUUCCUGGGGUGGUGGGGAUGGGGGCGGGGGAACACUGAAGGGAAGUUUGGGUAGGGGUUUAGUGCCAAAAGGCCUUCAAACCUUCAUCCUAUUUAAACAAAAAACCAUUCUCUUCACCACCCUGUUUAAGAUAAGAAAACUCAUUUCAUGACCCUGAUCCAUUUCCUUAAACUGGCAUCAAGGGAUUAGAUUAUAAUAAUAAUAAUGAUGGAAUCAUAAUUGUAGACUGUGGAUCACCAAAUAUUCACACCCUGUUUAAAGCUCUAGACACCCUGUUCAAGAUGCUAAAUAGUGAAAUUUUAUAAAUUGUUUACGACUUAAGACCCCCAUAAACCCUGCCCUGUUCAGCAGAACAUGCCUGUUUAGGCUAAGUGAGGGAUGUCUGCCCCUCCCCCCUGGGCAAUGUACACCUCAGUAUCCUCCAGAAAGUGUAGUCCAGGACUCCCCUUCUUCUGUCAGCAUACUUAUGGGAUAAAUACUCUUUUCAAAAAAGCAUUAAUGCCAAUAAAGUUGGGAUAGAAAGAGGUUAUUCUUUUGAAAAAUACACCUUUAUAAAGAGUUAGAUUGUUUAUAUGUAGUUGUAAUGAAAAGUUACCCUUUAAAGUGCCUUCCCACUUAGCACUACUUUAUUCAUAUCUUACUUUGUGGCUUUUUAUUUUGGUGGUUUUUGAUAAAUCUCUAUAUCGCUGGUUAGAAAUUCAUCCAUAGCACUAUCCAGUGUUUGAACAACCAGGGGCAGGACUAUAAUAAAUUAUUUUAAACCUAGUUUGGUUCAGAAUUUCCUUUCUUUCUUAGCCUGUAUUAGUCAUACAGAUGUACAGUGUGUAGGUGACAAUGAAAUUCUGGUUUACCCUGAGAACACAUUUUACCUACAACAUUUUCUAAUGUUGGUUUAACUGUAUUUUGACUCAGAUAAAAAAUAUAAUGCAGUUGUUAAGAUUCAGAAGGAGAAAAACCAGACUGGACCAAUCCCAAUAAUAAUAAUUGGGAUAGGCCCAACAACUAAUUAUUAGUAAAUAAAUUGUUACAAAUUACAAAAAAUCAUAAAUCCACAAAAUUAUUAUAUAAUUAAUUAAACACCCACAAAAAAAAAGUGUCAAAUGGUACAUCUAGUUUACAACAUUGCACCAUUAUUUACAAUGUGUACUUUCCUUCUCUGUUCCUGUUGUAGUGUUCACGUCUGCAGUGUUGAAGGAUUUUUAGGAUUCCUGUGAUGUCAAGGCUGAUGGAGGUAAGCAAAAUUUGUCAUCUGUUUGCUAAUAGUGUUAGUUAAGUGAAGGUUGAUUUUUCUUAAUAUCUUGUGAACAAGUUGUAAGGUUUGAGGUGUGAGAGUUAGUUCUAGUUGUGGUUUUGAAUGUUGGUGUAGGGAUGUUAAUCAGAUCAGACUCUGAAUCAGGGGACAUCUGAAUUGAGCCCCCUCUGUUCCAUCUCUUGAUUUUUAACUCGGAAAAAACCGUCAAAGCAAUAACAGUACUAUCCUCAUGCAUAAGGGAAGAAACUUUUCGUGGGGGGGAGGGUGGUUUAAAGAAAGUCUGGUUGGGUCUGUGGUGCUAAAACCCUUUGAUUCUGACCCUGUUUAAAGCAAACUGGAUUCAAAUUGCUACCCUGUUUAAAAUGCUAAAUAGGGACAUUGAAUACUUUUUUUAAAGAUUGAAUUCCCUUAAACCUCUACCAUGCAGACCUGCACAUACUGAGUGUGCCAAACAUGGAAGUUUCCCAACCCCCUAUCCCACCCCCACCUCCCUGAGUGUGUGUGUCAAUCUGUAAACUCCCAAGGAAACCAUUUUAGAUAUAUGGAGGUGAAGAAACAAUGCAAUUGUUAAUAACUACAUAUCUUCAAGACAUCAGGACUAAUUUCAGUUGCGUGCGUGAUAGAUCUACACUGUUUACUCACUUUUCAGGGUAGUUUUUCAAAUGCACAAACGUACUUGUCACCCAUUUAAAGUUUUCGUACUAAAGAUCAACUUCACUACAAUAUCGUUCAAAAGCAAUACUAAAUUCUCAGUGAUUCUUACAGUGGGUUAAAUAAAAAGGGAAUCCACCAAGAAAUUGAGUAUUAUUUAUUAUUAUUAUUAUUUAUUUUUAGUGGACAAAAAUCCUGCACCAGAAUAAUUUAAAGCAUAUUGCAUUCUUUUUUACAUUUUUCUGUGAUAACACCAAAGAAAAUUUCUCAUGGGAGUCCGAGAAAAUGAAUGUCAAAUUUCACAAAAUUACAUCUUGCGCAUUAAAUUUUCAGAAUUUUUCCUGUGUUUUCACAAUUCUUGUGAAAUUUGACAUUCAUUUUCUUGGAAUGCCAUGAGAAAUUUUCUUCGGUGUUAUUACAGAUGACCACUUACAUCUUUAGCUCUUGAAAAAUGUAAAAAGAAUACAAUAUUCUUUAGAGCAGCUCCGCGUAAUUAUCAACUUAAGAUGAGGAAGUAGUCAAAAUAUGACCUGGCCUCAAACUCGGCCAGUCCAAAGCCUUAUGUGCUCUAGUUACAAAAUCGUUGGUUUAAGUAUGAUAGAAUGAAUAAUAAUUUUUUAAUGAAUUUUUUUCUUCCCGAGGCCUGUUAGAAAUUAUGCACCUAUCAAUGUAAACCCCGUGGGGGGGGGGGGGGAGUGCGGGCAAGGGGUGGGAAUUAGACAAAUUUUAAAAUUUUUUGAUCAAAUUUUCCAGGGUGGGAAAUGAAAGGUCAAUCAAAAGUGUCAGAAAAGCCCCCACCCCAGGGGAAAAAGUCUAAACAAACAAUGCUAUAAUACUAUAUAAAGCGAAUAAAAGAACAUUUCAAAAGUACGUUCUUACUACUUUUAUUUACGGUUAACGGAAGCUCCAUUAAAUUACUCGCUGUAAUUAAGUAUUUUCUCUCUCCACUAGCAUCUCUCAUCUUGAACAACAAAAUCACUCCAGGAAGAUUGACCGUGCUAUAUAAUAUUAAUAAAACGUAAAAUGCUUUGUGACAUCUGAUCAACAUGUCGGAACAGGUCGGAUCAGUGACCCAUAAGAAAUCCUCUGACUUUCAUGGUGGAAUUCGAGUUUUACAAUCAGAUGGGAACUUGAAGAUAAAAACUUUCUCAAAAUAGACAUUAUCUGUUUAGAUGACAGUUUAAAGUAUCGGAUUAUGGCGAUUAAAACAAAUGAAAACUUCAUACCUUUCUCCAACAGCGUGACUUUCAGGAAGCCUCGAGGGACGGACUUGGUAACUGCUUCUGAAUUGAUACCAGGCUUCUGUCGGUCAAAGUCAAAUGUCCCGACCCCGGGGUUGCUUCGCACGAUCAAAAGCCCGACAGCGGGGAUAGUCCCAGGCAUCAAAUCCCCGCCCCUUGCCCGCACUCCCCCCCCCCCCUCGGGAUUUACAUUCAUAGGUGCAUAAUAUUCUGCAGGUACAAGCUUUUUGUCCGCUGAGAAUUAAAAUUACUCAGUUUCCUGGUGGAUUCCUUCUUAAACAUUCCUUUUGUACGUUACAAAGCACAAAUUUUAAGACAGUAUUUUGACUAUUGUGAGUAUUUUUUCUGUGUUUUUGUGUUUUCUCCUUUUAUUCAACAGGCAUGAUCUGUAAUAUGUAAAAGUAGAUGAAACCUGAUCUAUGAUGUCAAAAAAUUAUGUUGUAGAAAACAACAGAAUGACUAGUGUCAUGAUCUCAAAAGAUUGUGUGCAUUAUCAGGAAUUACAGAAAAAUACGUAGGUUUUUCAAAAAUAUAAUAAUUUCGUCAAAGGGAUAACACAGACGUAAGUAAAAAGAAUGGUAAAGAAAAAAUUUGAAUAGUAUUUCUUUCUGAGCUUUAAAUUCUAAAUAUCUGGUGAAAAGGUAGCAUUAUCCGACUUAAUAAAAAUCUAAUUAAAUAUAGAUUUUACUAACAACAUAAUUUUUUUUGAGUUUUGAUCUCAGUCAAGAAACUAUUUCUUCCUUUACCUCUCCUCUCACAGGUCUUUAAUUUUUUUUUUUUUUAAAAACUGGCUACAUACCAUUGGUAGCAAUGCUGUGGUGGACUAGUAUCCCAUCCAGGGAGGCGUGGGGGAAGUCGGGCUGGGAAUAGUUCUUAGCAAUUCACAGUACUCAAACCAAGAAAAGCUCUUGCUGUGUGCAGGGCUUCAAUGGCUUGCUUCAACCCUUUAAGCACCAGUAUCCACAUACAAAUUCUCCAGAAUGAUCUCAAUACAUUCCUUAACCCUAUAAGCCCUAAGAGUGAUCAGCAUCAAAUUUCUCCUUGUAGUAUCACUUCUUUAUAAAACACAGUGGUCAUGAGAAUUGAGGACCUGAUCACACAAGAUGAAUCUAAAUGAUACUUCAACAAAUUCUCCCCACUACUUCUAUUGAAAACAAAUGGGGACAACAAAUGAGAAUUUGAAUUUUGAUGUUACGGAAGUUAAAGGGUUACAUGUAAUAAUAAUUGCAGUUAAGAGAAUUUGAUUAACGAUCAAAGCAUUUUCCCUAAGGAAUUUUAGUGAUCAUUUUAUUAAUUAAUUUUCAUAUCAUUAAAUUGGCAGUUUUCUUACAUGCAGUCCACACCUCUUAGUGUGGUACAAGUGUAUUGUGCUGUUUACAUACAUGUAGUCCACACCUCUUAGUGUGGUACAGGUGUACUGUGCUGUUUACAUACAUGUAGUUCACACCUCUUAGUGUAGUACAGGUGUACUGUACUGUUUGCAUACAUGUAGUCCACACCUCUUAGUGUGGUACAGGUGUACUGUGCUGUUUGCAUACAUGUAGUCCACACCUCUUAGUGUGGUACAGGUGUACUGUGCUGUUUGCAUACAUGUAGUCCACACCUCUUAGUGUGGUACAGGUGUACUGUGCUGUUUACAUACAUGUAGUCCACACCUCUUAGUGUGGUACAGGUGUACUGUGCUGUUUACAUACAUGUAGUCCACACCUCUUAGUGUGGUACAGGUGUACUGUGCUGUUUACAUACAUGUAGUCCACACCUCUUAGUGUGGUACAGGUGUACUGUGCUGUUUACAUACAUGUAGUCCACACCUCUUAGUGUGGUACAGGUGUACUGUGCUGUUUACAUACAUGUAGUCCACACCUCUUAGUGUGGUACAGGUGUACUGUGCUGUUUACAUACAUGUAGUCCACACCUCUUAGUGUGGUGCAGGUGUACUGUGCUGUUUGCCUACAUGUGGUCCACACCUCUUAGUGUAGUACAGGUGUACUGUGUUGUUUGCCUACAUGUAGUCCACACCUCUUAGUGUGGUACAGGUGUACUGUGCUGUUUACAUACAUGUAGUCCACACCUCUUAGUGUGGUACAGGUGUACUGUGCUGUUUACAUACAUGUAGUCCACACCUCUUAGUGUGGUGCAGGUGUAUUGUGCUGUUUACAUACAUGUAGUCCACACCUCUUAGUGUGGUGCAGGUGUACUGUGUUGUUUGCCUACAUGUGGUCCACACCUCUUAGUGUAGUACAGGUGUACUGUGUUGUUUGCCUACAUGUAGUCCACACCUCUUAGUGUGGUACAGGUGUACUGUGCUGUUUGCAUACAUGUAGUCCACACCUCUUAGUGUGGUACAGGUGUACUGUGCUGUUUGCAUACAUGUAGUCCACACCUCUUAGUGUGGUACAGGCGUACUGUGCUGUUUACAUACAUGUAGUCCACACCUCUUAGUGUAGUACAGGUGUACUGUGCUGUUUACAUACAUGUAGUCCACACCUCUUAGUGUGGUACAGGUGUACUGUGCUGUUUACAUACAUGUAGUUCACACCUCUUAGUGUAGUACAGGUGUACUGUGCUGUUUGCAUACAUGUAGUCCACACCUCUUAGUGUGGUACAGGUGUACUGUGCUGUUUACAUACAUGUAGUCCACACCUCUUAGUGUGGUGCAGGUGUACUGUGUUGUUUGCCUACAUGUAGUCCACACCUCUUAGUGUGGUACAGGUGUACUGUGCUGUUUACAUACAUGUAGUCCACACCUCUUAGUGUGGUGCAGGUGUACUGUGUUGUUUGCCUACAUGUGGUCCACACCUCUUAGUGUAGUACAGGUGUACUGUGUUGUUUGCCUACAUGUAGUCCACACCUCUUAGUGUGGUACAGGUGUACUGUGCUGUUUGCAUACAUGUAGUCCACACCUCUUAGUGUGGUACAGGUGUACUGUGCUGUUUGCAUACAUGUAGUCCACACCUCUUAGUGUGGUACAGGCGUACUGUGCUGUUUACAUACAUGUAGUUCACACCUCUUAGUGUAGUACAGGUGUACUGUGCUGUUUGCAUACAUGUAGUCCACACCUCUUAGUGUGGUACAGGUGUACUGUGCUGUUUACAUACAUGUAGUCCACACCUCUUAGUGUGGUACAGGUGUACUGUGCUGUUUACAUACAUGCAGUCCACACCUCUUAGUGUAGUACAGGUGUACUGUGCUGUUUACAUACAUGUAGUUCACACCUCUUAGUGUGGUACAGGCGUACUGUACUGUUUGCAUACAUGUAGUCCACACCUCUUAGUGUGGUACAGGUGUACUGUGCUGUUUGCAUACAUGUAGUCCACACCUCUUAGUGUGGUACAGGUGUACUGUGCUGUUUGCAUACAUGUAGUCCACACCUCUUAGUGUGGUACAGGCGUACUGUGCUGUUUACAUACAUGUAGUUCACACCUCUUAGUGUAGUACAGGUGUACUGUGCUGUUUGCAUACAUGUAGUCCACACCUCUUAGUGUGGUACAGGUGUACUGUGCUGUUUACAUACAUGUAGUCCACACCUCUUAGUGUGGUACAGGUGUACUGUGCUGUUUACAAACAUGCAGUCCACACCUCUUAGUGUAGUACAGGUGUACUGUGCUGUUUACAUACAUGUAGUCCACACCUCUUAGUGUGGUACAGGCGUACUGUGCUGUUGAGACACUCUUGACCUUUCACCCUACAAGUUGUCUUUGUCCCCGCCCCCUUUCAAGCACAUGAAUAAAUCAUACUGGGCCAGUCCACGUGAAGUGUUACAGUACAUAAUUAAUAAUACAGUCUAUCAUUUAAGAUAAAAGGGGGAGGGGAGGGGAGGCUUAAAAGAGAGCGGGGGCUUAAUAACUUUCUUCCCUUGAAAGGGGAGGACUUAACAGGUAGCCCAAACUCAAAAAAUGUCCUGCAUGUUUUUCUAGUCAGUUUUUUCAAGUCCACUCGCCGACACAAAAGCAGUGGAAGACAAUGCUCAAUUAAAGUUUGCAAGAACUUACUCUUAAAAAGGCUUUUUAAUAACUUGAGAUCAGGCUCUAUUUUCGUUUCUCUUUGUAAAUAACAUUCUAUGUAAGACUAUGUAAGAGAGAAUGUAUAGAACUGCCAAAAUUGAGCCUGAUCUCAGGUUAGCUUUUUAAUAAACCCUUUAAUAAAUUUAUGCCACUCUUCUUUUAGGAAUUGUCAUCCUUUCCUAGCACAGCCUCUACAUCACAGGAAGGCCAUGAAAGCAAUUCAGAAUCCACUUCCUCCAGGAAAUUGAAAGUUACUCUGUUAAGCAGUGAAUGGAGGUCAACAAAAGGAGGCUUAUCAACCAUCAACCGAGAGCUGGCCAUUCAGUUGGCUAAACACCCCAGCGUGGAGGUCAGUGUUUAUCUCCCUCAGUGCAGCAAAGAGGAUAAACAAGUUGCUGCAAGUCACAAUGUACAGCUUAUUGAAGCAGAAGAAAUGCCAGGUUAUGACCCCGUUGACUGGUUGUCCUUUCUUCCUGAAAACCAUUCUGUGGAUUGUGUGAUAGGACAUGGGGCUGUUCUUGGUCGGCAAGUGCAGGGUAUAAAACGUCAGUGUAAGUGCAAGUGGAUUCAGGUCGUUCAUACAGCUCCUGAAGAGCUUGGUAUGUACAAGUCCUACGCAGAUACCGUUUCAAAAGGUGAGAAAAAACACGAGGCUGAGGUAAAACUCUGUGAAAAAGCUGAUCAAGUUGUAGCUAUUGGACCCAAGCUGGCUGAAGCUUUCUCAGGUUAUCUCCGUGCCUGUGGAAAGGAUCAAGAUGUUCUUAAUCUUACCCCAGGCAUCUUCUCUGAAUUUUCUGAGGUAAAUCAAGCCACUGAAGAAAGAAAAACAUUCGGUGUUUUAGUGUUUGGACGUGGUGACAAUGAAGACUUUCAGCUAAAAGGAUAUGACAUCGCUGCUCGCGCUAUUGCCGAGUUGAAAGACGAGCCACAGCCCUAUAAGCUGUUGUUUGUCGGAGCUCCAAGUGGAGAAGAGGAGAAAGUAAAAGAUUUGUUACUCCAGCAAGGCAUUGAUCGCAGUCAACUAACUGUGCGUUGUUUCAAUGAAAGUAGAGAGCAGUUAGCCCGUUUGUUUUGUGAAGUAGAUCUUGCUAUAAUGCCAUCACGAACGGAGGGAUUUGGUCUUGCUGCGCUUGAGGCUUUAUCCGCUGGUCUGCCCGUGUUGGUCAGUGGGAACUCCGGUCUUGCGGAAGCUUUAAAGAAAAUUCCUCAUGGUGCAAGCUGUGUGGUAACGUCAGACGAUCCAAAAGACUGGGCCAGUGCAAUAAGAGCCGUCCGUCACAAAGACAGGGACAUGCGACUGGGGGAGUUUGAUUUUGUGCGUGGUGCAUAUGCAAAAAAGUACAGCUGGAAGGAACAGUGUGAUAAACUUGUUGAAAAGAUGAAAGUGAUCUCUUCAGAAGGUCAGUUAAAAUAAGUACUGUUGUAGUGCGUCUUCUGUUGCAUAUAUAUUAGACUUAAAAUGAAAUGUACGCUAGCCCGCAAAUAAAGCCAGAUCUUCCAUCACUCCCUGCCACCGGCAAUGUUUGCGGAAGAGAAUGCUGUCUGAGAGGCGGCUGUAUUCGCAGGCUAAAUGUACAUGUAUAUGUUGUAGUUAAUUUUUAUUUCAGUUAAUUUUUAUUUUUCCAUUGUUUCUGGGUAUGAUAAGUAUGCUAAUUAAUUUAAAACAAAGGAAAACCAAAAAUUAACUGAAAUAAAAAUUAACUACAACAUAUACAUGCAACAUAUACAUAAUAUUUAUGAUUUAAAUUGCAUUUACAAAGUAAAAACAUGCCGUACGCUCAUUAAACUUGAAAGCAUUCUUAAUACAUGCUCAUUUAGAAGCAGACCUUAUCACAAACAACUGCACCUACGUUUUGGCAGAAAAAGUUGUGUUGUUAGAACGAUAACUAAACGAGAAUAUUUCGAUAGAGUUCGGCUGGAAGUAAAACGCUGUCUGAAACAUUGAUCGCAGGUUAAGGUGCACUGUACAUGUGCAUUCUCCAGGUGAAAACAAAACCAGGUAAGGUGGUAAAUCUCUGACUGGCAAAAAUAAUUUGAUCAACACGAAACUGAUUUCAUUUCAGACUCAUCAAAGAGACUUCGAUCUUUGGAUAAAGGUAAAAGGCCAUUAUCCCCAAGUGAUACCCCAGCCUCAAAACAACCGAGACUAUUCAGAUAUGCAGGUAAACCAUAGGUUAUAUUGUGUUGCUGUAAUACCUCAUUCAUUAGAGCAUUCAGUCUAUACAUGUAGUGUAGUGCUGUCUUGAUUUAUAUCAUUUCGUUUGGGUAUGAGAGGGCUUGUUCAAGUGUCAUACAUAAAAUCAGGUUUCGUUAUUCAGUUUGUGGGGCUUUUUAUUACUAUAAUUCUUUGCUAUGUACGGCAGCAUAGCGGAACAGUGUACCAUGGAUAUUAAUGACAUUUGGGAGCUUUUAUUGCCUACAGAAAGUUUCUAAACGAAAGUUGCUCGAGGGGCCUUAGCUAACUGUAAACCCGCCAAGAGCUACAACUAAAUAAAAACCAAACAGAACAAACGGAUAAAUUUGACCAGACUUUUCGUUCACCCGAAACCAUUCAAUAUUUUCGCCCUGUUCACACAGAACUGACGAACCAGGUUGAAUGUUAACUUUUGUCAGGGUUUUACCAUCUGCUCAUGCGCAGAGAACUCCUAUAGCAAACCCUUCACCGGUUCUUCACCGGCGAAAAAUGUCUGAUUGGUCGAUGCGCGACCACGUGACAUUGCCAAAUUCAAAAUGGCGGCAAUACCUCCAUCGUUUGUUUAUUCCAGUGAAAAGAAGAUUAAUUGCGGCUUAAUAUGAGUUGCAAAUGCAUACACACAGAUUUGUUUAGCAUAGCCUAGACUUUUUAUUAUUCUUUUCACCUAUUCCUAUGGGAUUCGUUCCCUGCGAUGCUCGCGUUUUGACCGUUUUACCAGAUUCAACUUUGGACUUGUUUAAGCGAUCACUCUUCACGAUCACGAAGGACAACAAUAUUUCUGAAAAAAGCCUGGUCACUAGAAAAAACGGCCUUUGUUCACAGCUCAGUGCAGCGGAGAAAUAAGACACUAUGGGUCCUUUGAAAUUUCUCAGAGACCUGGAAGUUACUUCAUUAUUUUUUACAGAAAAGAUAAACCAAAAUUAUGUUUUCUACAGCCAGUCUUUCUAAUUUAUAAAAAAAAGCUUGAAUAUGAGCUAAAUGAACUUUAGUGUCUGCAUUCAUGUUCUUUUCAUUUUGAACAGGUGCAAUUUUAAUAUCAAAACUUUAAAGCCGUCUAUGACCGAGCAGGUUUUUUUUUUUCUUUUUUCCUUUUAAUGGUUACUGUGCUUGAUCUGAAUAAGAUAAUGAAAUUUUUAAAAUUAGGGGAAUACUAUACAUAAAAGAAAAGAACUUUGAUUGCAAAUAUGUUAGUUGGAAAAAAUACUGAUUAUAUCUUUUUAGUAUAUAGGUUAGAAAAGUGAUACGUAGUAAAAAGUGCUACAAAGGAGUAAACACCCAGAUCUUUCCAUUAAUAAAUUUUAUUGAUAUUGUCAGGGACAUAUGCUUUCCUAGAGUACACAUUUGUUCGUCAAAAAUCUUGUUGUGAGGCUGCACUUUGUUUGAUUCAGGAUCAAUCAAUCGUUUCUGAAGAGAAAUAAACAAAUUAAGCAUGUUAACAUGUCAGAUACUUUAACAAUACCUUAGCCAACAACUAAGAAGAAACUGAACUUCAUAUAAAAAAAAAAAACACUGAAAACUACUUCACCAUGAAACAACAACCCCUUCAAAUAUAUAUCACAUUAAAUUCAUGCAAAAUGUAGACCUGAUGAUAAGUUUAUAGGAAUAGAAACAAACGAUAAUUACAAUGAAACUAUGAAGUUUGAAUGAGAUCUGUAUUUGAGCGUUCUCUCAUAAUUCUGACAGAUUAUCAAAACUGGAAACUGUGUAUCCUACACAACUGUAUUCAUCAACAUGAUCCAACUAACAUUUCAUUAAGACUCAAAGUUUACUCCAAAAUUUAAACUCCUGUAAGUUUAAUUGGUGAUGAUUAUUUUUUUUCUUGGAAAGAACUUUUGAAUACUUAAUAGCAUGUUAACUCUAUCAUUCACCCAUAACUUUGCUCCAGAAAAAUAAGCCAAAAACGAUGGACAGAAAAACAAAAGCAUUCACAGGAAAAUUACCCUGUUCAUCUCCUUCCAGGAUCCAGUUUUCAAGCAAAGAAGCACCCCACACAGAAAGUGUUGUGUGCAAAAAUUUAGUACUAAAAAAUUGUACACAGGGGAAAAAAUGUUCGUAAGUGCGUUUCCUAACGAGGAAAGUUACAAGUAACUCGUUGUGUGGAUAAUCCCAAGCCAAAUUUAUGAGCAAAAUAAUCCAAACUUUGAUCCUUCAGUAAAAUUGCAAGCCUAAAUGUACAGCAGUUGUGCACAUUGUACACAGAAUUUUUUUUACAAAUCAAAAUGUUGCUGGACCUAUCGAAAAGUAGCUCCAAGACGGUCGAAGCGUUUUAAUGAAAACACUCUCACAUUUUCUCAUUCGAUAGUUCGGUUAAAACUCAGAUUUCUGUAACAUACAAAGCUGUAAUAAUGUGCAUCGAUCGACAACAUCACGUUUCGAACUACGCACUUUAGAAAACUACCGCAACCCGGCCACUUUCGAUCCACUAGCCACAAGACAAUGGCUAAGGAUAUUUCUUUACCUUCUUUAUAAUUUCCUUUUGUACCGAGUAACCCGAGAUUAAGUUGAACCAAGCGUAAGCUUAUUUUUCUGCCAUAAACGGUGUAAACACACGGAGAUUUAGCAUCCAAAUAUAGUUUUUCCAGCGACAAAGUACAAGCUAAGUCAUAUUAACAAAAUAAAGCCCAAGAAUGUCUGUCUCUCUACUUUUUUUUGGUUGAAUCCGUGAUAAGAAACCUGAACUAAACAACAAAAUCAUUUUGGAUAGCGUUGUAAUACGCUCUUCGAUCAACAGUCGAAUGUUGUCGAAUGUUAAAUUCACAAAGUCGAAUUUUGACACAAAAACGGGAUACACAUUUAAGAAAACUGUCGCUUCCGUGCAACUUGGUACAAGCUAAUUUAUAUACCAAAACAAAGCUCAAUAAUUUUUCUUCCACUACUUUAUAAUUUCUUUUUGUACCGAGUUGCACGGAACAUGCAGUAAACAAAGAGAGUAAAAAUUACCCACCUUUUCAGGCAUGUCUUCCACACGCAAACCAGCGAUCUCAACGUCAACAACACCGAAUCAGACCAUGCCACUGCAAUUUUUCGCCAGUUCCAGGACGCUAUAUUCUCUAGAGAACACACUUCCGUCAAAACUUCGACCAAAAUAAUUUUUGAUCUCUUACAGUAGCCUGCGUGGCCGGCGUUGAAAGGGGAAGGGGAAGGGGGAAUUUGGGCGCGCCCAAAUUCCCCCUUCCCCUUCCCCUUUCAACGCCAGCCACGCAGGCUACUCUCACAGUGGCAAGAAGUUGCAACGCUGUCACUGCCAAAAAAAGCUGCCAUCGCUUCUUUCAUCUCAACAACAUUUUUAGUAGAGCAUGCGCAGACAUUUUUCGCCGGUGAAUUGCAAACCCAAACCCGUUACACUGUCACCCAAAUGAGUAACCACGCAUCCAUGCAACAGCGCCUUUACCAUAAAAAAACUUAGACGGAAAUGGUCUUCACACAGCGCAGGUCAAAUUUUCGACAGUGCCGGCUAAAAAUUUGACCUCGAUUUUGACGUGGAAGGUUUUGAACGGCUAGCCGUCUAAAUUUUCGUACGGUUAAGGUGCUGAUGUGUGGUACUGUUUGACGUGGAAGGUUUUGAACGGCUAGCCGUCUAAAUUUUCAUACAGUUAAGGUGCUGAUGUGUGGUACUGUUUGAUAUGGAAGGUUUUGAACGGCUAGCCGUCUAAAUUUUCAUACGGUUAAGGUGCUGAUGUGUGGUACUGUUUGACGUGGAAGGUUUUGAACGGCUAGCCGUCUAAAUUUUCGUACGGUUAAGGUGCUGAUGUGUGGUACUGUUUGACGUGGAAGGUUUUGAACGGCUAGCCGUCUAAAUUUUCAUACAGUUAAGGUGCUGAUGUGUGAUACUGUUUGAUAUGGAAGGUUUUGAACGGCUAGCCGUCUAAAUUUUCAUACGGUUAAGGUGCUGAUGUGUGGUACUGUUUGACGUGGAAGGUUUUGAACGGCUAGCCGUCUAAAUUUUCAUACAGUUAAGGUGCUGAUGUGUGAUACUGUUUGAUAUGGAAGGUUUUGAACGGCUAGCCGUCUAAAUUUUCAUACGGUUAAGGUGCUGAUGUGUGGUACUGUUUGACGUGGAAGGUUUUGAACGGCUAGCCGUCUAAAUUUUCAUACGGUUAAGGUGCUGAUGUGUGGUACUGUUUGACGUGGAAGGUUUUGAACGGCUAGCCGUCUAAAUUUUCAUACGGUUAAGGUGCUGAUGUGUGGUACUGUUUGAUAUGGAAGGUUUUGAACGGCUAGCCGUCUAAAUUUUCAUACGGUUAAGGUGCUGAUGUGUGAUACUGUUUGAUAUGGAAGGUUUUGAACGGCUAGCCGUCUAAAUUUUCAUACGGUUAAGGUGCUGAUGUGUGGUACUGUUUGACGUGGAAGGUUUUGAACGGCUAGCCGUCUAAAUUUUCAUACGGUUAAGGUGCUGAUGUGUGGUACUGUUUGACGUGGAAGGUUUUGAACGGCUAGCCGUCUAAAUUUUCAUACGGUUAAGGUGCUGAUGUGUGGUACUGUUUGACGUGGAAGGUUUUGAACGGCUAGCCGUCUAAAUUUUCGUAUGGUUAAGGUGCUGAUGUGUGGUACUGUUUGAUAUGGAAGGUUUUGAACGGCUAGCCGUCUAAAUUUUCAUACAGUUAAGGUGCUGAUUUGUGGUACUGUUUGACGUGGAAGGUUUUGAACGGCUAGCCGUCUAAAUUUUCAUAUGGUUAAGGUGCUGAUGUGUGGUACUGUUUGACGUGGAAGGUUUUGAACGGCUAGCCGUCUAAAUUUUCAUAUGGUUAAGGUGCUGAUGUGUGAUACUGUUUGACGUGGAAGGUUUUGAACGGCUACCCGUCUAAAUUUUCGUACGGUUAAGGUGCUGAUGUGUGGUACUGUUUGACGUGGAAGGUUUUGAACGGCUAGCCGUCUAAAUUUUCGUACGGUUAAGGUGCUGAUGUGUGGUACUGUUUGACGUGGAAGGUUUUGAACGGCCAGCCGUCUAAAUUUUCAUACGGUUAAGGUGCUGAUGUGUUAUACUGUUUGACGUGGAAGGUUUUGAACGGCUAGCCGUCUAAAUUUUCAUACGGUUAAGGUGCUGAUGUGUGGUACUGUUUGUCUCAGAACAAUAUCCUGGAUUUUCUUCGUUGUAAACUUUAAUAAACUACAGUAAGCAUCUACAAUAAGCUGAACUGUCCAGCCGGCCUUGGGAGGUUUAUAAACUUUGUUUAUGUUCAAUUCAAGGGUUCACGCCAACGGAUCCUUUGCCUUUUUUUUUUCUUUAGGUUGCAGUGGGGAUGAGCAGGAUUUAUCUGUAAAAGCCACUGCGGUUUGUUCAGUUUACGAGAAAGCUAUACUUGUCAAUAAACCUCUUCAUAAAGGUACGCUUGAAUCUUAGAAACAUCAGCAAUAUACUCGCGAGAACAAAACUUUUUUAAAGGUAUGCUUUUAUGAAACAAUUGUUUCCAACGUAUCCUUCGUUCACUCGGACGAUCGUGCUCAACCUACUUAUUGUGAUGUACCGUAAUUUGUGCAAUCAACUCCUGGAAAUGUUGUUUUAUUUUAUGCUUCCUUCUUCUUCCAGUCUUUCCAGUGUCUUAUCAUGUUUAUCGUUAUCUAGAUAACAUAACAUGUAUUAUGAUCUCUUGUCUUGAUUUACCAAUGAAGUACCAAAUCCAUUUGAAGUACAGUGAAUGUCAGGAGAAUAUUAACAGAUUGUUCGGUUUUUUGCUCCUGACAGAUACAAAAAACUUAGGUGUUCUGAAAAUGCUCAGAGCUGAAUAUGAGAGACGGGCAAAGUUGAAGCCACUUUCUUGGUUAAACACUAUGCAAUUACCGCUUAAAAACGUCUACACGAGACUGAAGAUUAUCUCAAGAAGAAAAGCAGACUUCCAGGUUGAAAAUGAAGAGUUGGGCAUGUACGACAUCUUCCAGGCCCUUGGCGAAAGCGAGGAUGUCAAAAUGACAUUAGCAGAGGGAAGUCCAGGAACCGGUAAAACUACGUUUUGCCUCAAACUUGCUUAUGACUGGGCACGUGGAGAAAUGCCAACUAAUUGUUCCUUUCCUAAAUUCGAAUUUGUACUGCUCCUUAAAUGUCGAGACAUAAACGGAGAUCUAAUGGAAGCUAUCAAAGAGCAGCUUUUGCCUGAAGAUAUCAAGGAGGAGACCUGGACAAAGCUGUCUGACUUCAUCACGGAUAUUGAUAACCAGGAGAGAAUUUUAAUUAUUCUCGAUGGUCUGGAUGAGCUUCCAGAAAAGUCACGACCAUGUGUUUAUAAACUUCUCAACAGAAGAAUUUUACCAUUUUGUUUUGUCCUGGCUACAUCCCGGCAGGAAACAGGAAUUGAAGUACGUAAAAACUGCGAAUUUGAUCUUCUUCUGGAGAACAAAGGAUUUACAGACGAAGAUGCCUUUCAGUACGUCAGGAAGCAUUUUGAAAACAUCGGUCCGGAGCAUACAUCGAAAGGAGAAAGUCUGAUAGUGGAAAUUAAAGAAAACGAUUUAUUGAAUGCACUCCGAAAUAACCCGCUUAAUUUAAUCCUCCUGUGUGUUGUUUAUGAAGACUACAAAGGAAAACUACCAACUGCCCGACCGAACUUUACCAAGUCGUUGUCCAGUGUCUUUUGA